AUGGGGAUAUCAUCAUGGUUUGGAUCCAAGUCUGAGGGAACUUCUACACAAUCUAACACUAUUUCAAGCAAUCCAAUUUCAGACCAAUUAAAAGCUCAAAUUUCAGAAGAAUUAGCCAUAGUAAAUGCUACAGAAUUGGUUAAUAAGGCAACUGAAAAUUGUUUUGAAUUAUGCAUGAAUAAACCUUAUACAGAUAAAAAUGAACUGUGUGUAGAUCAGUGUCUGAAAAAAUAUAUGCAAAGUUGGAAUUCUAUAUCCAAAGCAUAUCUAGAUAGAAUCCAACAAGCAUCUGCUGCUGGCGAGAUAUAA